AUGACAGCUAACACAGACAAAAUAAAACCUGAAUCCAACGUAAAGGACAAUGAAGAUACAAAGCCAGUUACUAAACCAAUGCCAGAUAAUGUUGAUCCAGAACAACACACUGAAGCAUACAGAAAGCAUAGAGAAUUUUUGGCCAAACACGUUGUCCAUAGACACAAAUUGAAAGAAUCUGAAAUGAAUGAACCAUUAUUACGUGAAGAUCCAUCUCGUCGAACUGUGUUUCCAAUAAAAUAUCCUGAAAUUUGGACUUUCUACAAGAAAUCUGUUGCAUCAUUUUGGACAGCAGAAGAAAUUGACUUGAGUAAAGAUUUUGAUGAUUGGGAAAAUAAAAUGAAUAAAGAUGAAAGAUUUUUCAUCUCAAGAGUUUUAGCCUUUUUUGCUGCAUCAGAUGGUAUAGUCAAUGAAAACUUGGUUGAAAACUUUUGUACUGAAGUUAAACUUCCUGAAGCCAAGCUGGUUUACAAAUUCCAGAUCAUGAUGGAAAAUAUCCAUUCAGAAACAUAUUCCCUUUUAAUUGAAACCUACUUCAAGGAUCCUAAGGAGGCCGAUUUCUUGUUCAACGCCAUUGACAAUAUUAAAUACAUUGGUGAAAAAGCAGAUUGGGCUAUUAGAUGGAUUCAAGACGAAGAAGCCUUGUUUGCAGAAAGAUUGGUGGCAUUUGCUGCUAUUGAAGGCAUUUUCUUCAGUGGGUCAUUCGCUUCCAUUUUCUGGUUGAAAAAAAGAGGGUUGAUGCCAGGUUUAACUUUCUCAAAUGAAUUGAUCUGUAGGGACGAAGGUAUUCACACCGAUUAUGCUUGUUUACUAUUUUCAUACUUGGAGAAUAAGCCGGAUCCUUCCAUUAUAGAAAAGAUUAUCACUGAAGCUGUUAGUAUUGAAAAGAAGUACUUCAGUGAUGCGCUUCCAGUUUCUUUGUUGGGUAUGAAUUGUGAUUUGAUGUGUCAAUAUGUGGAAUAUUGUGCCGAUAGAUUGUUGGUUGCUUUUGGUAAUGAUAAGUAUUAUAACGUGACUAAUCCAUUUGAUUUCAUGGAAAAUAUAUCCUUGGCCGGUAAAACCAAUUUCUUUGAAAAGAGAGUGUCUGAUUACCAAAGAGCUGGUGUCAUGGAAAAAGCAGAAAAUAAAGGAACUGGUAUGGUGUCUUUUGAUGAAGAUUUCUAG